AGAACUUGCUUUUGGAUUAGAUUCGAACUUUUUUGCCACAGAAACUUUGGUGUUCCUCAGUUUCGACCUACAUUGCAUUUGUGUUCCAUUCAGUAUUGCGUAUUGCCUUCAAAAUGAUCAUAUUCCAUUCGAGAUCAGUGUUAUCAGCAAAGACGACCUCCCUCAAACAAACAACAAAUAAUCCACGAAGUUAUCCCGAUACAAGUACUAUAAACACCUCUUAGACCGUGGUAAUCAAACAUUAGAGGUAUACGGUAAAUAUUGAAAUGCUUUCGAAGCACUCGUUAUAAGUAAAAAUUGACCAUUUUUCACAUCACCAUUCAAUUCUUGUGUAGAAGUUCGGUGUUCAAGAUUGAAUUUGAUUGUGAUUCAUCCACAACGCUAUUAUUUUAGUGAAAAUGAAAAUAAACAUAUCUUGUGGGGGGCGGCCAGAUCAGAGCCAUGGAGGAUGAGCAAUUCAUAAGCUGUGCUCAAGUUGUUCGAAGUGUAUUCAUCACCUCAGUCUCUUUUAUGAUUUCGGUGUUUUUAUGAUUGCAUUCAUCAAUCGAACUUCCCCAUCCUCGUCACUUUUUGGUUAAAUGUGGAUCCUUGAGUUCCAUAAAUAAUAAUGUGGAACACGCUCCUCUCUUUCAAUUUGGCUCCUGACUUCAUGGACAUUAAUGACUCCAAUCAAACAUGUACCUCCGAAACUGUUGUCAAUUACAGUUCCAUUUGUGUGGAUUGGGAACAUGAGUUGUUCAAUAUGGAGGCUUGCAACCAUUUGAACCAUGCUAUGAGUCUUUAUGCCGCCGUCAUUUGCAUUGGGAACGCCCUCAUUGGGUGUUGUGGAAACCUCCUCACACUCCUAGCCAUUCCCUACUCAGUGUAUAACAACAAAUUUGGGUUCAAACGAAGCCGGGACACGGCCACGAUUCUGAUUAUGAACUUGGCCUUUGCAGACUUUGUGUAUUGUUUGGUCAAUUUGCCCUUGUACUCCAUUCAAUACUGGAGUGGCCGAUGGCCUUUCGGUGGGACAGCUUGUCGUUAUUUUGCUGCCUUUCGGUAUUGGAACGCUUUUGCUGAGUGGAUGAGUCUGGCCAUUAUAGCAUUGUCUCGUUGCAUUGGUUUGGUCAGAAAUCAACGAUGCUUUUCGUGGAAGCAAGGCCAACUGAUUGUCCUUGCCAUUUGGGUGUAUGCAGCAAUAUUGGUGAGCAUUGUUCUCACCGAGAUCUAUGGCAAGUUUGGAUACAACUGCAUGAUUGGCAAGUGUGAUUUUCUCCGUGUCCAACCCAAUCGGAUGGACCCCCAUUUGGUUUUCUAUUCCAUCGCUUUUGGCAUUCCUUGUUUCGUCAUCUUGAUUAGCUACAGUGUCAUUUGGUGCUAUGCCAAAAACUCGGCCAAAUACCUCCGUCAAAGCAGUGAAGAGAACCGCCGGCUCGUGAUGAAAAGAGAGAGUAGCAUGACCAGGACCCUCUUUGCGAUCUGCGUCUGUUACAUCAUAUUUGUGGGGCCCAUCGCCAUUGUGAACAUCAUUGAUCCAACGGGACAACUGCCUGCACUUCACCUGACCUUCUUUUGUCUCUACUGGUUCCAAUACAGCUUGAACUUCUUGAUAUACGCUGCCCGAUGUCAGCAGUACAAACGAGCUUACGCUUUUCUUCUGGGCCAGAUGUUCCCAUGUUGCUGCCAAUUCACUGCCAAGGCCACUCUGAUCAUCUUAAAUGGACACAAUCGAGUCGAGGCCAAUCAUCAGCCGAUAACAAGGCCAGGGGCAGAGAUUGGGAUAAACAAUCUUUUGGAGAUCUCCAAAGAGCCCACAAGCAAAUCGGUCAUGUCGUCCCUUAACGCUGCGGUGGUUUUAGUGGACAAGAGACACAGUUGGAACAGGAGCAUUAUCUACGAGACGAUGACGGACAAUGAGAUGUGGACCACUGGCAUUCAGGUGGGAAUGAAUCAAGAAGAGGUCACACUGCGCAUUCACACCCAUAUGAAAUCUCGUAUUCGUACUAUGACCAUGUGAUUUGUUCCACCUUGUUCCCAUUGCUGUGGAACAUUACGAUCUAACGUGGUACUGAACGGCCUUGUAAGUAAGCACUGGCAACAAUGAUUGUCGUUGUUACUUUCAAUGGCCUAUAGGCAUUUAUUCACUUGUACAAAGGUGUUUCGAACCCAGGUUUUAAUCCAUAAGAAAUGGAGGACAUACUAAUACAUAUUGAAUUCAUGAUCUGACUCA